CCACUGCUUCUGCUGUAUUUUGUCAGUAGAGCCUUGUAUUUGAAACAAAAUCUUGUUUUCUGAAGCCUGGUUGCUCGAAGAGUCAGACUGUGCUUUGGCACUGUGCGUGUCCCUCACUAUGGCAUCGCUGACAUCUUCAAGCCGCAGAGCUUCCUCAUCGUACCGCUCGUCAGCACGCUACAGCACUUCUAGCUCUUACUGCACAGAGGGGUCUCUGGGUGGAUCAUCUGAUUCACUGGAUACAAUUCUUGAGCCUUUUCUCGACUACGCCGAUCAUUCCAGUCUGUUUGGAGAGGAAGGCCCUGGAGGACCAAACUGUGUGGCCCCAUUCAGAAGGCACAGCAGACCCUUCUAUGGGCAUGAUGCUCCUGUGGGGGGCGCUGCAACAGUUGGACAGACCAGCACAGGUGGUGCAGUGAGGUGUCUGGGAGACAGCUACUACAUGUCAGCUGAUGUCAGCCAGUUUGAGCCACAUGACGUAGUGGUGCUGGCCUACAACCAACACGUGGUCAUCCACGCCCAGAAGGUUUUGGAUGAUGGCAGCAUCAGUGACACGUUCACCCAUAAGUCCCUGUUCCCUGAGGAUAUGGACCCCCUGUCAGUCAGUGGGACCCUUAACCCUGACGGUACCCUGGUGGUGAGUGUUCGCCGGAAAUCAGCACUCACUGGGAACGAGCACCUGAGUAUCCCAGUCUACAACAGUGGGACUGACCUCUGACCUGUGCGCACAUAGUGUGUCUCGUGGUUUCUCCCAUGGUUUUAAAUGAUCUUUUAUAACAUUAUAGUGUUGUUUAUAGCUUAUGCAAAUUGUGUGGCCAUGUGCACUGAAUAUUUAUAUAAAUGAGUAACUAAUUAAUCAUUAUUUAUAGUAUAAGCACAACUUGGCACCACCACUUCCUCUUUUAGCUUGUAAUCACAUCAUUUGCUUCCAGUAAAUCUCUCGCUGUCUCAACCCCUCUACCAGGAUGAUCAGGCUAAACACUCCACAAUGCAUUAACAAUCCCACAACUGUAUCAGGCAGAUUAUUAGGUUCAUGUUAACAUCAUGUUUUCUUACAUUACUUUCCAAACAAAAGUCUCCAAACCCUUCAGGAACGUUCAGGUGCUGCAGGAACUAAAAGCCCAGGGAAGCCCAUUGUUAUCAGGCGUGUGGUAACUAGUCAAAUAAAGCAACUCUUGUUUUCCCAGUGUUGUUUUUAAUCACAAAAAACAGAAAAAAAACCAAAGCAAGACUUGAUGAUAUAAAAUGCAAAGCUCAUCUUUGUGUUGUUUUGCUGAAGUGCAGUGAAUAGACACGCUGCUAAUAGCAGCGGAGGCUGAUGGGACAGUACUUUCAGACCUGCACCAUCAUCUGGCUCACAUGUGUCUGACAGAACACUCAGCUCCUCUCUUUGAUCAGUCCAGCUGUGCACCUUUUGUAUUUUUACACUUCAACUCAGUUUCAUAGGCAUCACUGAGGCGUGUACUGAUCUCAUAAUGCUUCCAAAACACAUGUGACCUCCAGCUCAAUGCUGAGGCCCUCUGUGUCCUGUCAAAACGAGGACUGUGCUGCUAUUCUGCUAAACCUGCUGGUUUUACUCUGCAGAUUUAUUUCUCUGGAACAAUUUUUUGCAGUAAAAGAUGACAGAUUUAUUGAAUUAUUAUUUGCCGAUGUAAAGUUUCAAACUGGUUUGAAGGUGUUUGUUCUAAAAAUGUUGUAAACUGUUCAAAACCUUCAUGGUUGACUUCAGGAAUCCUUGUUUUUAGACGA